CUAUUGGCUCGGAAACUUCCGGCUUCUUCCUCUUAGGUGAGAUUAACAAAACAGAAAAAUCAACACUAUAGUGAGUAGACAUUUGGAAUAGAUAGAGGGUACAUUUCUCUCCGUAGACGGUUUUACCCUUUGCCUUAGCGUGUUGUGUAGUGUUCACCGUGUAGGAUUAAUAAGGAGCUGCCGGGGCUCUCAACUACAGUAGAGUAUUUAGCUCGAAGCGGAUUGCAGCAAUGAUGGCGUCAAGCUACAACGCUAAGGAAGAGGACGCUAACCACCCCGGUGCUGCGAAUCACGCAGGGGCAGGGGUUGUGAAAAGUAAAAAGCCGGACAACACAGCGUUCAAACAGCAGAGACUACCCGCAUGGCAGCCCAUCCUGACAGCUGGCACCGUGUUGCCCGCUUUCUUCGUUAUCGGACUCAUCUUCAUCCCCAUUGGCAUCGGCCUGUAUGUCACUUCCAACAACAUCAAAGAGUUCGAGAUUGACUACACUGGUGCAAACAUUGACAAUCCAUGCUACAACUGUGCUAAGAACUUCAGCUGGAACAGCACAGCACAGUGUGUCUGCGCCGUGACGUUCACAUUGGAGCAGCCAUUUGAGAGCAAUGUCUUCAUGUACUACGGCUUAUCCAACUUCUAUCAGAACCACCGACGUUAUGUUAAGUCCCGAGAUGACAGCCAGCUGAAUGGUGACCGGUCUGCUUUAACGAACCCCAGCAAGGAAUGUGAACCUUACCGUAGAAGUGAGGGAUCCCCCAUUGCUCCAUGUGGGGCCAUAGCUAACAGCCUUUUCAAUGACACUCUGCAGCUGUAUCACAUCGACUCCAACGGCACCUUGAAUGAAAUUCCUCUGGUCAAGAAGGGAAUUGCGUGGUGGACGGACAAACAUGUGAAAUUCAGGAACCCUGGUGGAAACAACAACCUAACUGUAGCUUUUCAAGGCACAUCUAAGCCGGUGAACUGGAAGAAGCCAGUGUUCGAGUUGGACCCCGAAGAUCCUGAGAACAACGGCUUCAUCAACGAGGACUUCAUCGUGUGGAUGCGUACAGCGGCGCUGCCCACCUUUCGCAAGCUCUAUCGCAUCAUCCAGAAGAAGCCGAGCACAACCCCCACUCUACCCAGUGGCAAAUACGUCUUGAACGUCACUUACAAUUACCCCGUGCUCAGCUUUGAUGGUCGCAAGCGGAUGAUCCUGAGCACCAUCUCCUGGAUGGGAGGGAAGAACCCCUUCCUUGGCAUUGCCUAUAUCACUGUGGGCUCCAUCUGCUUCUUCCUGGGUGUCGUUCUGCUCAUCAUCCACCAUAAAUAUGACAACCGCAACAACAGUGCAGAUAUUUCAAACUAAACUGCUCUUUUAUCACGUUCUUCCCGUCUAUGCAUGCAUGAGGGGACCCCAAAGUGUCCGUUCUGGACUGCUUGUUGACUGUAGCGUGAAUACACUGGUCUCAGUCAUUUGUUGUGUGUUUGUGUAAAGACAGCAUUGUCUUUAGUGUCUCAUCAAAAGCUGUGUUUUUGUGUUGGGCAACUAAGGCAAAUGAAAGAUGCUACAGUCUGUGUCUGUGUGCAUAUAGCUUUAUGUCAGCUGCAGAGAAUGUCAUAUCCUGUCUUCUAUUUAUCUAUACAUUAUCAAAGUGUCCGUUUUAUUUUAGCAGUGCUUUGCGAAUGGCUUAAUUACUGAAGGAUGUGUGUAUUUUUAAUGCAAGUUUUUGUCUAUAUUAUGUACUGUAGUAGUAUGUCCUGCUGAUGAAUGUACCAUUAUACAUUACAGAUUUUGAGAUGACCUUGAACAUAGAAUGGGGAAAGUCAUUGCUCGUGUGCCGUUAAUAAUCGAUAGCAGCACUGAUAUUUAACUUGAAGUAUAUUAUGCUUGCCAAGUCAUAGUAUACUUAUGACGAGUAGUACCAAAAGUGUGAUUAUUUACCUCCACUGUAACUGAAACUCAGCCAGUCACAAGGCAUAUUUUUCAAAUUACAAUCUGAUGCUUAUUAAUAAGGAAAAGUGGAAUUAUAAUCGUAUACUAUUAUAUCCAGUAUUCUAAUUAUCUGGGAAGCGUCGCAGGCUGAUGAGAGCACAACUAUUUAAUUUUGACAGUUGGGCCUGAGUGCUGGAUUAACUUGCGUUCUGUAAUGUUGACCAAAUGAUAUGCACUUUAAAAGUGUCACAUUUGUAAGUCACCAACUUGUUUGUUAUUUUCUGUUACAAAAUGUCAUUCUGGAUUUAAGUUGAGUAAAUGGUUUAAAUUUGAAAUUUAUGGGUUUUAUACAAGGUUUUUAGGGUCCAAUUAAAGAAUUUGGUGAAUGUU